UGGAUUUACUCGUUUUGUUGCUUCUUGAAGCUUUCCAGGGAUUAUCUGACCUUGGCGGUGGGGAGGGUUUUGGGGGGGUUGGCCACGGCCUUGCUCUUCUCCUCCUUCGAGGCCUGGUACGUCCACCAGCACCUGGAAUGUCACGACUUCCCUCGGGAAUGGCUCCUUGUCACCUCCAGCCAGGUGGCAUUUUGGAACAACGUCAUCGCCAUGGGGGCGGGGGGGGUUGCAGAUUUCUUGGCCGAGUGGUUGGGGUGGGGUCCCGUGGCCCCGUUUGUGGCUUCCAUCCCUUUCCUGGUGGCCUCGGGGCUCUUGGCCCUUUGGAAUUGGGAUGAAAACUACGGGAAGCACCGAACGUUCUCCAGAACCUGCGGGGAUGGUUUGAAGUGUCUCCUCAGCGACCGGCGUGUCCUGCUCCUGGGGACAAUCCAGGCCCUCUUUGAGAGCAUCAUCUCCAUCUUCAUCUUCCUCUGGACACCCGUCCUGGAUCCCUACGGAGCUCCUUUGGGAAUUGUCUUCUCCUCCUUCAUGGCCUCCAGUGCUCUGGGCUCCUCCCUGUACCACUUGGCCCUCACCUCCCGCUACCACCUCCAGCCCGUGCUCCUCCUGGGCCUCUCUGUGCUCUUCCUCUUCUUCCCCCUCUUCAUCCUCACCUUCUCCACUAGCCCUGGCCAGGAGAACCCCACCGAGUCCUUCCUGGCCUUCCUCCUCCUCGAGUUCUCCUGUGGUCUUUACUUCCCAGCCAUGGGAUUCCUGCGGCGUCAAGUGGUGCCGGAGAAGGAGCUGCUGGGGGUGAUGAACUGGUUUCGGGUCCCUCUCAACCUACUGGCCUGUCUGGGCUUACUGGUUCUCCACGGCAGCGACCACAGGACGGGGACCAGGAACAUCCUGGGGGCCUGUGCUGGGCUGGCCCUGCUGGCCCUGGUGGCCGCCGGGCGACUCUUCUCCCGCAGCCGCUUGGAGCCCGAGCUGCGCCUGCCCGAGGGGCCCCCCCUGGGCUGA